AUGUCACAACAUUCAUCAUCCAUCGACCUCAUGGACGACGGCGAGCCAAGGACCAUUAUCGGACCCUCCGCUGGGAUCGUUCCGAUGCUCAUCGACGAGGCAUCUGCUCCGGAAUGGCGUCGUAAGCUCGUUCAGUGUCUUGUCAUCACCGGGUAUGCCAACACACUCGACGAACUCUCUGCGCCGCCGGGUUGGAAGUGGUGGGCCAAACCAUCCGAGUAUCACGGUGUGACGUGGGAUCAGCAGCAAAGCUGGGCCUUGGGACUUCUUCUUCCGACCAUGUCCGAGGAGCUCUGGGGCGGUCUCGCAGAGCAGACUGAAACCAUCGCCGCUGCCUGGAACCGACUCAACACACAAUUCAAGCCAACGCAAGCCGAGAUUUCCGGCUACUAUCGCUUUCCAACCAUGCGCCGAGGGGAGGAUGGGUCCCCUGUCAAGUGGCCGGCUGCAAAGGAUCAUCUCUCCGUGUUUGAACAGCGAUUCAUCCUGCUCGAGGCAUGCGGGAUCCAGCUCACAGAUGACAUGAAGGUCGGCAUGUUUGUGGCCUCCCUGCCGCACGACUGGGACCUCGACUUUAUCAGCACGCAGAGUCGGAGGUCGUGGGCCGCGUAUAGGAAGAGCUUCAAGUGGAUCACUACUGGGCCUCAGAACCGUGGAAAGCAUCAAGGUAACUAG